AUGUGGGCGUAUAUGACAACUUACAAGACACCCAUCGGUAUUUAUCCUUUUAGGCUUGUCUAUGUUAAACCUUGCCAUCUUCCCAUCGAACUUGAACACAAAGCUUAUUGGGCUAUCAAGGUAUGUAAUAUGGAAUUAGAUGCAGCUGGUGAACAUAGGAAACUUCAACUCAAUGAGUUAGAAGAGAUACGUAAUGAUGUAUAUGAAAUUUCACGCAUUUACAAAGAAAAGACCAAAGCUUUCCAUGAUAAAAUGAUUUCCCGAAAAUGUUUCGAAGUAGGGCAGAAAGUUCUUUUAUUCCAGUCUCGUCUUAAAUUGUUUCCCGUUGAAAUUAUUAGUCCCAAAACAGGGCUGGUUUCCAAGGUCAACGACCAUCGUUUGAAAACAUACUAUGAGCAAUUUGUGAUGGAGAAUCUGGAUAUGGUCACAUUGAGUGAUCCACUCCUUCUGAAGGAGUAA